UGGAUGAAAUGUAAGGGCCCAAAAACUAAGUCUCAGAUCUUCAUGGCUCAGUAAGUGGUCUCCACACAUCCAAGAUGGACAUGGUAAUAGCAUGCGUUACACACAGAUGAUGUGUUGCUUUGAAUAGCCAGGCCAUUGGAAUUUUAUGGAUUUUUACCUUGUCUGGAUUUACUCCUUGCUCUCGAUGCUCCUGAAAACUCGCCCUAUGACCUCUAGAAUUUUAUCAGGUUCUUUCAUCUGUUAAAUGCUUAAGGAUUGUAUGAAUAUGAAAAGUUCUGCAACAAGCUAUUUAUGAAUUGGUUAAAGGUAAAACUACUAUGAUCGCUAUUGAUCAGAUUUGCAGUCUUUGUUAUAGAUUUUAUAGCUAUAUACACAUUUUUAACAUGUAUACAAACAGUUAUAUGUAAAUUCCAUGUUGCUGAUGUAAGGAAACCCAACAUUUGUCAAAGCAGUUUUCUCAAAACCAUACUUUUCAUUCACAUUUUAGAAUUUGUUUUUACUACAGCAUGUAAUGGUGUUGUUGAUCAUGAUAAGAAUGAGAGAUUAUCAUCAUUCUUAUUAAUGAAAUUUGAAUAAAAAGCAUGCGUGCGACAGGGAAGGGAAAAUUAAAAAGAAACCCUUUUAAAUGCUGAAUCCCUUCCAUUUUAUCCUAUAUCAGUUAUUUUGGUACCCAUGUCGGCCUUUUUCUUGUCCUGAUUUGAUUCCUUGUAUAAUAAACAGGUUGAACUUUUUUUGUACUCGGGGGAAGUUGAAGAAAUACUUGAUUUUAAAUUUCAGAAAGCAUCGGGAUCGUAAAGACCGGGACAGAGAUAGGGAAAAGAGUCACAGCCAUCGUGAAAAAGACAGGAAAGAUCGAGAUAGAGACCGAGAUCGAGACAGGGAUCGUGAUAGAGAAAGAAAAGACCGGGAAAGAAAAAGGAGUAGGAGUAGAGACCGUGACCGUGAAAGAAAGGAGCGUAGAAGGAGUCGCAGUAAGGAUAGGGAAAGACGAAAGGAAAAGAAGCGAAGUCGUAGUCGGGAAAGGAGAAAGAGGAGCAGGAGUCCAUCACCAAUCAGAUUCCGGGAUCGACGAGGACGUAGUAGCAGUAGAAGCCCUUACAGAUACACAAGGCAGCCAGGUCCAGAAUUAACACCAGAAGAAAGGGAUGCUAGAACUGUUUUCUGCAUGCAGCUUUCUGCCAGAAUUCGUCCAAGGGAUCUUGAAGAAUUCUUUUCUUCAGUUGGAAAGGUGCGAGAUGUUCGUCUGAUCAUGGAUAACAAGACCAGAAGAUCAAAAGGAAUUUCCUAUGUAGAGUUUCAAGAUACAGAGUCAGUGCCAUUAGCCAUUGGAUUAACAAACCAAAAACUUUUAGGUGUUCCAAUUAUAGUUCAGCCUUCUCAAGCAGAGAAAAAUAGACUAGCUAAUGCAGCAAAUGUUCUACAAAAAGGCAACUCUGGUCCAAUGAGAUUAUAUGUGGGAUCUUUACAUUUCAAUAUUACUGAAGAUAUGUUGCGAGGAAUAUUCGAACCAUUUGGUGCAAUUGAAGAUAUCAAGUUAAUUCGUGAUCAUGAGACAUCAAGGUCUCAGGGAUAUGGCUUUAUCUCUUUCAAGGAUGCAGAAGAUGCCAAGAAGGCCUUGGAGCAGUUGAAUGGUUUUGAACUGGCUGGACGGCCCAUGAAAGUUGGCCACGUCACAGAAAGAACGGGAGAAGCUCAAGGAGCAUCAAUGUUAGACAGUGAUGAGAUGGACAGGGCUGGCAUUGACUUGGGAGCAACAGGGCGACUACAACUGAUGGCAAAGUUAGCAGAAGGAACUGGAUUUCAAAUUCCAGACUAUGCUGCAAAUGCAUUGAAUGCAGGGAGUUCAGGGAAUGCUUCUACAGGAGCAACAACUAGUAUGGCUGCAGUUGUAGGCCAGCCAGCUCCACCAACCACAGCAGCUACCACCACCACCUCCGCUCCACCUAUAGCUACUCAGUGCUUCAUGUUGUCUAAUAUGUUUGAUCCCAACUCAGAAUCACGGACUAACUGGGAUCAGGAGAUACGGGAUGAUGUCAUUGAUGAAUGCAACAAGCAUGGAGGAGUCCUACAUAUUUUCGUUGAUAAGGCUUCACCCCAAGGAAAUGUCUAUGUUAAAUGCCCAACAAUCGCAGCAGCUGUAGCAUCUGUUAAUGCACUCCAUGGCCGAUAUUUUGGAGGAAAAAUGAUAACAGCAGCCUAUGUUCCCUUGCCUAACUACCACUCGUUGUUCCCGGAGGCCACACGAGUUAACCAGCUCUUAUUGCCCUCAUCACAAGCCCUACAGGCUGGUUAUCCAUCAGGGAUGUUUCCAAACAUGCCAACAGCAGCUCCUGUGAUGCGAUGAGAAGAAAAUCUGCUUACCACAUUAUUUUUAUUGAACUCUUGAAAUUGUACUACACAGAUUUUAACAUUCACAGAUUAAACAGAUGAUUUAAUUCUGGCCGUCAGACAUGCUCUAUUUUCAUGGUUAUUUUUGUUUUAUAUGUGAUGUUGAAUAUUUCUUAUAUACUGAUAAUGUCAAAAUUUAUCCAUGUGCAGCAUCAUGUGUGCUCAUACAUUUUUACACUAUUUACAUGCAAAAUGUUUUCUUUGCUCAUACACUUUAAAUUUAUGUCUGUGAAUAGCUUCAUGGGACAUAUGAUUUUAUUGACAAUAGGAAGUAUUCAUCUGUCUUUGUAAGUCUGUUCAUAUUAUGUGAAGAGAAUUAGAUUAAAGAAGAUUGAGCAAAGCAUGUGCAUCUUUUACACCGAUUGGUCGGUAGUUUUGGCUUAUAACCCAUGAAAGAAUGUGUGACAAGAUUUAAAUACAAGAGGAAGGCAAAGGUUAUACUAACUGAAGGUUCUACAUUCAGUUCUAGCUGAAUUUUGACGAAGGAAUUUCAAUCCCGAUACUGCUUUCUUGGGAAUGAGGAUACCCUAUACAGCGGAGAAUCUCUGAAAAUAUCUUGGGAUGUGACAUUCCUUCAGUCACAACAAUAUUUUUUCACAUCCCAAAGUUCAAGUGCAUUUUCUUGAUAUAUUCGUUUGUUUUCAUACUUGAUGCAAAUAUGUUUAAAACAGAGUUUGUAAUUUUGUUGAAUUUUGAUCGGGGUCCUACAUGGCAUGGGAUUAAUUGUCAGGUCAACUUUUGUUUUUAUUAUUGUUAAGUACAGUAAAAUUGUGUAUUACAGUGACAUUUAUGUAUUAUGAAAGAAAACCAAAGCAUGGUAAAAAUGAUAUUGUUUUGAGCAUGUUUGGUUUUUGAUAAUUUUAGAAAUCCUUCACUGUAUGCUAAUCUAGAAAAUUCACAGCUGUUUGAAAAAUCGUUAGGAUUCUAACAAGCAUUUAAAUUGACAAUAGAAUGUCUAAUAGGAUACAAAAUAUAUUCCUUGUUGAUAAUGAAUUUGUGUCGGGAGCAUUACAUUGUUUUAUAUAUAUGCUGUAAACAUGAUUGUUUGAUAGCUUUUUUAUUUUAAGGUCAUCUGAGAAAAAUAUUUAAUUGACAAACCCAUGAUAUAUCAAAGAAAAUAACAUACUAAACUGCUUGUUGAACAAUCAUAAUUUCGAGCAGAACUGUAAGGGCAACCAAAAUGAUUCUGUUAACUUGCAUUGUAUUAAAGUAUGUGUAUUGGGAUCAUAUUGACAGUAAAUGUCUAUCAUAUUUGUUCAACAUUCUCAUCUCAUUAAAUAUAAAAAGGUUUGAAA